UAGGCAGGAAUAUCACAAUAUAGAAUUAUACAUAAUUUCUAAUAUAAUAAUAUAACUGAGCAAAAGUUGGAAAGAUGAACUAGAUAGAUUAUUUAUUUUAUUUUCACUUCACCAGAAGCAGCAACGCUAUCUGUAUCUAUUUUGCAAAUAUUUGUGUGACUUCCUCGAGACAGCUGACUGCAGUUUUCGACACUCCCUCCGCCUGCUCUUUUGCACUUUCCAGCUAGGAGAACGAGAGAAAUAAACUCAAACCAGAUAUUUUUUAGCUGGCUGCUAUGGCGAGUAGCCUCGUCUCGAAGUUGUUUCGUCCUCCUGUGUUCACACAGCUUGCGUCUCUCCGGUCGAGCUGCGUGUUUCGGGGGAAGCCAGCAGCAGCGGCGGCGGUGGUGGCAGCAGGGACCAGACAUUUCUCCAGCGAUCCCCCUCCUGAGAAAAUCAGUCGCUAUCCAAUACCUUACAAGAAAGACCUGCCUUAUGAUAUAGUGGAGCUUAUGGAAGAAGUGGAGUCAAAGGGAGGCUUUUUGCCCAAUGUCUUCAAAGUCCUCUCUCAUAGACCGGCAGAGUUCAGAGCUUUCUUCGCUUACUACAAUGAACUAAUGAACAAGGAGACAGGCAGAUUAACCAAGGCAGAUCGUGAGCUGAUAGUAGUGGCUACCAGUAUCUACAAUAAGUGUCUUUACUGUGUGGUAUCCCACAGUGCAUUGCACCGCAUCUAUUCUAAGAAACCCACUCUUUCUGACCAGGUUAUUGUUAACUAUGAGAAUGCAGAGCUGGGACCUCGGGAGCGUGCCAUGCUGGACUUUGCUUUGGCUGUGUGUCGCUGCGACACCAUCACAGAGCAGCACUUUGAGUCCUUGGAGGAAGUGGGCUUCGACCGCGAAGACGCCUGGGACAUCGCUGCCAUCACUGCUUUCUUUGCCAUGUCCAACCGGCUCGCCCACCUCACUGACAUGAGGCCAAACCUAGAAUUUUAUAAUAUGGGCCGCAUACCACGGGACAAGAGCAAGGACAAGGCAGGGGAAGAGUGAAAAGGGAGUAGUGUUACAGACAGCUAAAAGUGCCUCAGUUCUGUUUUAUAUUUUCAUCUCCCUCUCAUGUGUGAACAAUCAGAUGUUUUCUAAUUUGUGAUGAUAUGAAGUGCAAUAUCAGAUCUACAGGUGUGCAACGUGAAGGCAAGUAAAUCUGAAAGUUCAUAUUGGAAUUAGUCAAUAUGUCCUGAGAUCAUAAUUAAACACUGUGGUAGCUUGACUGAGCCAGUGUUGGCAUGGGAUACAACAAGAGACUGACAGAAGAGGUGAUCUUAUUGUCUCUAAAGUCAAGUCAUAGUAAAUCUACAAGUGUGAAGUCAGAGGAAACUGGACUUUCUUCAGAAUCUUAAAGAUGUUUUGCCUCUCAUCUGCUUGUGAUUCCCCACCAGUCAGUUAGAACUGAAGAAGCCUUGUGGAUGAGUGACGAAAUGUCUCCAAGAAUCUCAAAGUAGGUGUGACUUAGCACUUAGCUGACUUGAUAUUUUAAGAGAUGCUUUAUAUCAGUCAGAAGUCUCACACUGUAUCCAAAAUGCCCAGCAUGAAAAAGAUUUGAGAAAGUCUUUGAAAUAAAAGGCCUCCCGUUUAAACAUUACUCCAGAAACAUGAUAUUUUCAUUUAUUACUCCCCAAGUUUUCUUCAUAAUCCUUAGAUGUUCAAACUUACAUGAGAAUGUGUUUGGCCUUUGGAAAUUGUGUUGAUUCAGAUCUGUGAUUGUGAGAUAAGCAACUUCUUGUAUGUUGGUUCUGUUUUUUGUUUUUGGGGUAGACAUUUUUUUAUUGCUGACAUAACAGAAAUUGAUUGAUGUCCUGUCUAAACUUAGUCAUUAUGUCUGUUUUGUUUACCUUGACAUUUUGAACUUUAGUUGGUAGUGUUUGUUUAUUUGACACUUUCACUUUACUGUUUUCCAGCUAGUUGUCCAUUACAUUCAACUAAGCCAUUGUAAUUCCUUAUAGAGAAAUAUUAAGGUCUAUGAAAAAUAAUCACCUAAAACUCAGAAUUUAAAGACAGCUCUUUAUUUCCUUGUUCAGCAGUUGAAAGAACUCUUUGUUUCACUAUGUUGCUUAAUCUGAGUGUUACUGUCUCUGCCAACAACAGUGUAAAUAAGUCACUAGAAUUGUUCACAAUAAUGUGUUCUUAAGUUUAUCCUCUCAAUAAACUAUCUUGAUACUA